AUGAAAAGAAAACGUUUUAUUUUAGAACAAAUUCAAACAGAAAAGAAUCAAUACAAACCAUUUGGAAUUACUGUUCUUGGAGGAAAUGGUCAAGGACAUGAAUUAAAUCAACUCUCUUAUGCUGAAGGAAUCUGUAUUGAUAAUAAUAAAUCAGUUUAUAUUGCUGAUUAUUGGAAUGAUCUUAUUGUUCAAUGGAAAUUGAACUCAAAUACUGGUCAAAUUACUGCAGGAGACGAAAAAGGUGAAUUAGUUGCAGGUGGAAAUGGUGAAGGAAAUAGUCUCAGACAAUUGUCUCAUCCUCAAGGAGUGAUUGUUGAUCAUUUGGGUCAAAUUUAUGUGGCAGAUCGGGGUAAUCAUCGAGUAAUGCGUUCGCGUGAAGGAGAUGAAGAAGGUGAAGGAAAUCAAUCAAAUCAGUUAAAUUCUCCCAAGGGUUUAUCGUUUGAUAAUGAAGAAAACCUUUAUGUUGUUGACGGUUCCAAUCAUCGAAUCCAAAAAUAUGAAAAAAUCUUAGAUUAA